UCUGAAUCCCUCUCGUUUUAGGCGAUAAUUUAUCAUGGUGGGGAAGAUUGCGGGUGCUGCUGUUAAUGUGCGCAUCAAUAGGAAAUAUAGGUCACCCAAAAAAGCGACAGACGAAGAAUGCGAAGACCUAAAAGCGGACGUCGAAGUGGAGGGGGGCAAAGAUGCUGGAGCAUUGGAAGCCAAGAUGUCACUCCUCAAUGGAUGCACAGUUAUUGUGGGAUCCAUUAUUGGGAGUGGUAUCUUUGUGUCCCCAACAGGAGUGCUGAAAGGGACAGGAUCUGUCAACGCUAGUCUGUUGGUGUGGGUAGCCUCUGGAAUCUACAGUAUGAUCGGCGCCUACUGUUAUGCAGAACUGGGGACCAUGAUUCGUCAGAGCGGAGCUGACUACGCGUACAUUAUGGAAACCUUCGGACCAUUUGCAGCUUUCGUUCGACUGUGGAUCGAGUGUAUGAUCGUCAGACCUUGCUCUCAGGCGAUAGUGGCGCUAACGUUCAGUGUGUACGUACUGAAGCCGAUCUUCCCGGAGUGUGACCCACCAGCAGAAGCUACCAGGCUACUGGCAGCCUGCUGCAUACUUCUCCUAACCUUCGUGAACUGCUGGUCAGUUCGGGCGGCGACACGCGUACAAGACUGGUUCACAUACGCUAAGCUCCUAGCUCUUUUCAUCAUCAUUGGAGGAGGCAUCUACCAGCUGUGCAGAGGGCAAACCCAGCACUUCACGUUCGAGGGCACAUCGAGUGACGUCACAUCCAUCUUUCUCUCCUUCUACUCGGGACUCUUCGCUUAUAACGGAUGGAACUACCUAAACUUCAUCAUCGAAGAGCUAAAAGACCCCGUCCGCAACCUUCCACGAGCUAUCGGGAUCUCCGUUACUUUAGUCACUAUCGUCUACACUUUCACCAACGUGGCAUUCUAUACCACCCUUUCACCCACGGAGAUGUUGGGAACCCCGGCGGUAGCUGUGAUGUUCGCUGAGCGGUUGUUCGGAGCGUUUGCGCUCUCCAUCCCGCUGUUCGUAGCUGCUUCAACCUUCGGCGCUGUCAACGGUGUGCUUCUGACUUCUUCUCGCCUGUUCUACGCCGGAGCAGCCCAAGGCCAGAUGCCAGAGAUGCUAACCAUGGUGUCAUCACGAGCAACCCCGGCGCCGGCUGUUCUCGCUGUAGCCUUGCUAUCCCUGUUAUACCUGAUGAGUUCAGACAUCUUCGUGCUUAUCAACUACGUCGGCUUCGCUACCUGGUUGAGCAUCGGCGCAGCGGUGGUGUGCCUGCCCGUGCUGCGAUGGACGCGGCCCGAACUUGACCGCCCCAUCAAGGUCAACCUCUUCUUCCCUGCAAUAUACAUCAUCGCAACACUUCUCGUGGUGAUCGUGCCAGCGAUAGCGUCCCCCGCCGAGACCGGUAUAGGCUGUCUCAUGAUCCUGACUGCCGUCCCUGUCUAUCUUCUACUUCUGCACCCUCGCACGAGAGUGCGAGGUAUGGCGUCUCUCACUAAAGCCCAAAAGUCCCGACUCAAGAUUUGCCAGCGAGCAAUGGAGCGCAGCAUACUUGGAGUCCGUAGAAUCGAUCGGAUAAGGAACACGGAGCUGCGCUCCAAAACAGGUAUCACAGAUGUUGGUGUGAAGGCAGCCAAGCUCAAGUGGGAUUGGGCGGGACACGUCUGUCGGAUGCAUCCGGAGAGAUGGGCCAAGGUACCGAAUGGGUGCCACAAACUACCAGAGGCCGAGGUAGACCAAAGAUGA